AUGGGACUCCCCUCCAGCGGCACCGCGGGGGGCUGGGGCUGUCGGGAUGAGCCAGGCCCGGGUGGUGUGGGGCCGUGCGACCGGAGGACAACAGGCGGAGAGAGAAGACGGCCCUGGGGAGAAACUGGAGUGAUGAUGAUGGACUCCAGAUGGAUUACAGAGAAAAGCAAAGCCAGGAAGAUGCCAAGGAAGCAGAAGGAAGCAGAGAAACGAAUGGAGAGAAGGUGUUGGAGAGACUGA